AGCAACCUAAUAACACACACAUUGGAUCAAAUGCAGCUCUCCGCACACACACACACACACACACACACGCACACGCGCGCGCGCGCGGUUUGGUGCAACCAGCAUCGUAAUAAUUUCCUCCCAUGAUGGCUGACACCUGCAAGUCCAGGCUAAUUAAACACACGCAGCGAGUUCAGAGCAGAGCGGAGUCAGACUCUCUGAAGCUGCUCGCUUCCGAGAUGGGAUGCGUUUUCAACCCAUAUCUGUGAAGGAAGCGCGCACCGGAGCGCACACACCCCGCACACCGCGCUCAGACUGGGGAAGCCUCCACAGACACACCUGGAAUCAGGACCAGAAAGGGAUUUCCGCUGCGGUUCGGUUCACGUCCAUUUACCUGAGAAAUAGUCAGUUUUGCAAAGAUAAAGAAGAAGACGAAGAGAAAACAAAAUCCUUGCCUGAGGUGACAUUUUAACUAAUGGAUUUCUUGAACGUUUCUUAUUUUUCUAACGGAGACUCAAAUUUAACAAGAGCUGAAGAUGACGCCCCUCACUGCGGUGCCAGUCUGCCUGUCAUCUUUGGAAUCAUCUGUUUCCUGGGCAUCAUCGGGAACUGCAUCGUCAUAUACACGAUUCUGAAGAAGACCAAGUGUCGUGCCAAGCAAACAGUCCCAGACAUAUUCAUCUUAAACUUGUCGAUCGUCGAUCUCCUGUUUCUUCUUGGCAUGCCGUUCCUCAUCCACCAGUUGCUGGGCAACGGUACGUGGCACUUCGGUGCAGCCAUGUGCACGGUCAUCACUGCCCUCGACUCCAACAGCCAGAUUGUCAGCACUUACAUCCUCACUGCAAUGACCCUUGACCGCUACUUGGCGACCGUUCACCCGAUCCGCUUCAACCACAUCCGAACACCAUGCGUAGCUGUACUGGUCAUCGGACUGGUGUGGGUACUGUCCAUGUUCACAAUCAUCCCUGUGUGGAUGUACACUGGUCUGAUGCCUCUGCCGGAUGGGCUGGUUGCCUGUGCUCUCCUUCUCCCAGAUUUGGUCAAUGACACGUACUGGUUUACGCUUUAUCAGUUUUUCUUGGCUUUUGCAAUCCCUUUGGUCAUCAUCUGCCUGGUGUUCUUCAAGAUCCUACAACACAUGUCCGCCAGCGUGGCACCGCUGCCCCCGCGCAGUCUAAGGGUGCGGACCAGGAAGGUGACCCGGAUGGCGGUGGCCAUCUGCCUCGCUUUCUUUACCUGCUGGGCUCCUUACUACAUCCUGCAGCUCAUCCACCUGGGGGUGCAGAACCCAAGCAUAGCUUUCUCAUAUGCGUACAGCAUCGCCAUCAGCAUGGGUUACGCAAACAGCUGCAUCAACCCAUUUCUCUACAUUGUUCUCAGUGAGACCUUCAAGAGACAUUUCCUCCGGGCCGUGCGGCCGAUCAACAGGAAGUUCAGAGUGAACCCGAGCACAACGGACAGUGUGAGCAUGAGGAUCGUACCGGAAGGGGCUCAGCAGGAGCAGGUCUCCGGGGAGAUGUUGCCCUCCAAUGAUCCCCAGCAGUGACUCGAUAAAUAUCACUGAUAAAUCUGUUUAAUCCCAGAUUUUUCCUGUCAAAAUGGGGGCUUGCUCAACAGCUGUUAGUUAGACAAAAGCAUUUAGACAAAAGCGUUGUCUAAAUGUAGUCAUUUUUUUCUUCAAUUUGAUCUAUGUCCACAUGAAGGAAAACAAACAAAAAAAGAAAAUGCAGAAUAACACUAACAUGCAGAUCCAGUCUGAGGUAUAAAGGAACCUUGUUCAUGGAUAAAGCCCACUGCAGGUCAGGGGGUCAAAGAAGUGAAGUUUCAAAGGACUUGGUAAAAAGUGUUCCAGUUGUACACAUAUAAACGGAUGUAUCUCAAAUUAGAAUAUCUAAUAUCUAAUAAUAAAAUGUGUGGAUUUGUGUUUUAGGUGUUUAUUUCUGUUGGUUUGGCGGCUGCAGGAGCCCAGUGUUCAGUUUCAGAGAAUUUAAACUUUGCUAAUGACCAAAAAGGCUUUCAGUUAUUCCUGUUGCUUGUGAAGCAAAGGUUUUCCGUCUGCCAAAUUUUCCUGUGAAAGGAUUUGAUGUAGAACUCUGACACUUGUGUAGUACCGACCUUCUUUGGCACACCUGUCUUGGGGUGUCAGCCUGUGUAAAUGUGUAAGCCAUAAUACAACACUUGUGCCAUUUUUGGUCUUACAUGGUUUUCAGUUUUUCCUGAACCUUUGAAUUUUGACUUUUCACGGCUGUGGACUGUGUUUAUCAAGGAGGGGUCUUGAAUUGUGUCCUUUUGAUUGUGGCUACAUAUCAGUUAUUUUAACAGUGAAUGUAAAACACUGGCAUACAAAAAAAGGCAAUGUUGUUUCCAUCUUGCCAAAAUCAUAGCAUCUCAGGGAAUUUAUUUGACGAGGUGAAGCUUUUGCAUUGUUGUGCUUUGUAAUAUUUGAUCAAUCCGAACUGUUCACUUUUCCAAAACUUUGUGUUUGAAGAUGCUAAAAGUAAUAUUGUUGCUGUUGUUGCAUUUUUUUGUUCCAUUUUCAAAGCAACAAUUUUUGCAGUGCAGGAACAUCAGCCUAUUUCCUAUUAACUGACUUCAAACUCACUCUGCGUAGCCAAGGAUUAUAAAACGUGUAAAUUUUUCUGCAACCACUGCAGUGUUUAAGAUCAGAUGCACAAUGACUGAAUACAAAUCAAAUGCACAGUAUUACUAAACAGAAGCUACACUCUCUUUGUCGAUGGCUCUGGUGGUUCCAAAGGAAAUCAAUUGAAUAAAAUCUUAAGUGAACAAAAUAAUUCAUUGCCAAACAAAGACGAAGCCAGAACGGAAGCACAGCGUGGGCAAAAUGUUACUGUUACAGUUACUUUGCAAAUACUACUACUGUACGACUUUUUCACUUUUACAACCCUAUUGAAGGAGCCACUCUUUCUCACAGCAUUGCUUCAGCCCAUGGAGAUUCAUGUCGACACAGUUCUUGUUCUUAUAUCACAGCAUUUCAGAUCGGUCAAGAUCUGGACUUUAAUCCAGCCGUUAAAAAAAAAAA